UCCCGGCCGCCGCCGGAAGCAUGGGCGCGGGCUGGGAGCUGGGGGCUGCGGCGGGGCGCUCGCUGCUGCUGUGCGCCGCGCUGCUGGUCGCGGGCUGCGCGCUGGGCCUGCGCCUGGGCCGCGGGCGGGCGGCGGCGGACCGCGGCGUGCUCGCCUGGCUGUGCUAUGACGCCCUGGUGCACUUCGCCCUGGAAGGCCCUUUUGUCUACUUGUCUUUCGUAGGAAACAUCGCAGAUUCUGAAGGCUUGAUUGCUUCAUUGUGGAAAGAAUAUGGCAAAGCUGAUGCAAGAUGGCUUCAUUUUGACCCAACCAUUGUGUCUUUGGAAAUUCUGACUGUUGUCUUGGAUGGGUCUCUGGCAUUGGUCCUCAUUUAUGCCAUAGUCAAAGAGAAAUAUUAUCGGCAUUUCCUACAGAUUACCCUGUGCGUGUGUGAAUUAUAUGGCGGGUGGAUGACCUUCUUCCCGGACUGGCUUAUGGGAAGCCCCAACCUCAACACCGACAGUUGGCUCUACUUUGGGGUCUAUCUGGUAUUUUUCAAUAGUGUGUGGGUUCUGAUCCCAGGACUGUUACUGUGUCAGUCAUGGGUAGAACUCAAGAAAAUGUAUUACAAAGGAACCAGUUCAGGGAAAAAGUUUCAGUGACUUUUCAAAAUCACAAACACUGAUUUCUUGCUUUAUAAGCCAGAAUGGACCAAACCUUCUUGUUUGGCCAAAAUGUAAUGCAUUCCAGUGUAUACUUUCCUUUCAUAGUGUUGUUCCUCAACAGCUUAUUUCAAAUUGAUUGCAAGGUGGCAAGUCUUUGUUUUUGUUUUUGUUUUUGUUUUUUUUAAAAAUUUUUUUUUUCAACGUUUAUUUAUUUUUGGGACAGAGAGAGACAGAGCAUGAAUGGGGGAGGGGCAGAGAGAGAGGGAGACACA